AUGCUUGUCACUCUCACUCUGGCCGGCAUUGUUGCCGCCGGCACGGCCACCGCUGGCGCAGUCACGGCCCUCAUCACCAAGACCAAGACCCCCGACGCCGAGGACCAGCACGACAACGACGCCGACGAAAAGUCAUCCCUCAAGGCCACAGUCGAAGACGCCGAAGAAGAAGACGUCUACAACCACGGCCACUGCUACUGCGACCACUGCGACCCACCCGACAACCUGGCCACCUUCGCCGAGCUUUUCCCCAACUCACCCAUGUCCAACCACUCCAUCAAAGAUGAUGACUACUACUACCACGACACUGUUCGCGUUAUUAAAGAACUCCACGAAUCGCUGGAAGAGGCCGAGGCCCGCCUUGCCAUGCUGGAGGCCAAGCGCUCGUCCACCGCUGUUCACCGCCUCAACCCCUCUGCAGCCGAGUUUGUCCCCAGUGUCCCCGCCUUCAGCACCCCUCCCACUGCCUACAACGUCUCAUUCUUCCCUCCCGGUGUCUUUGCUCCGCCUCCCAGCGGUGUCACCUUUUCCGCACCCCCGCCGUUCAUGCUUGCCAACAACCCCAACGUGCUCCGCCUCUCCACCCGCAGCCCCACCUUUGGUGACAUUUGUUUCGGCUGCGACGACCCGGCCUUCCUCAUCCCUGCUCCCCCGUCGCCCCUCCGUGGCGGUUACUUUGGUCACAUGUAA